AUGGUACUAAGCAACAGCUGUUGGGUCCUGCUGGCCCUGGCUAGUGUGGCCGCAUUAGCGCAAGCCUCUACAAUCCGCGACGUGGUGGCGUACCGUGCUGGGGAUGGUCCGCAGCCCACUGACAUCGCCCCACUAACGGCCGAAAUCAUCACCAACGAUGGGUACUUGGUCGAGGAACAUCAGGUAACGACGGCGGACGGUUACGUCCUCACGAUGUUCCGCAUCCCCGGUGGUCCGGGAAAUCCACCCCGCGAGGGCAAGAACGUUGCGUUCAUCCAGCACGGACUGCUCUGCUCGUCGGCCGACUGGGUCAUUUUGGGUCCCGGUAAAGCCCUUGCCUACAUGCUGGUGGACGCCGGGUACGAUGUGUGGUUGGGUAAUGCCCGCGGCAACACCAACUCGCGCCGCCAUAUCUUCCACGAUCCGGAUGCGCGCAACACGGACUUCUGGGACUUUAGCUGGCACGAGAUCGGUUUCUUCGAUCUGCCCGCCAUGAUUGAUUAUGCGCUGCAGCACACUGGACAGACUUCGCUGCAGUAUGCCGGACAUUCGCAGGGUACGACCUCGUUCUUCAUCAUGACGUCGCUGCGUCCGGAGUACAAUCAACGCAUCCGCUCGAUGCACGCGUUGGCUCCGGUGGCGUUCAUGAGCAACCUGCGCUCACCGUUUGUCCGUGCGUUCGCACCCUUCGUCGACCAGAUUGAUUGGCUGAUGCGUAUGCUGGGCGUGAACGAGUUCCUGCCGAGCAGCGACAUGAUGACACUCGGUGGACAAAUGCUGUGCCGUGACGAGGCUCUGUUCCAGGAGGUGUGCGCCAACGUGCUGUUCCUGAUCGGUGGCUUCAACUCGCCCCAACUCAACCGCACGCUGCUGCCGACCAUUCUGGCCAACACACCGGCCGGUGCCUCGGUCAACCAGUUGGUCCAUUACGCCCAGGGUUACAAUUCGGGCCGCUUCCGGCAGUUUGAUUUCGGACUGACGCUUAACCUCAUCCGGUACGGUUCGAUCCGCCCGCCAGACUAUCCGCUGGACCGGGUUACCGCUCCGGUCGCGCUGCACUACGGUGAUAACGAUUGGCUGGCGGCCGUGUCGGAUGUGCGCCAGCUGCACUCCAGCAUCCGGAACCCGAUCGGACUGUUCCGCGUGUCCGAUCCGAACUGGAACCAUUUGGACUUUACCUGGGGCAUCGAUGCCGAUACGCUUCUUUAUCAACGCGUCAUCAGCUUCAUGGAUCGAUACAACUAA